AUGGGCUUUCUGUGGCAACUGGAGUUCGUUUCUUUGCUUAGAAAGGAGGCCGCGGGGACGAGUUCCAGACCCCUUGGCCGCUCCCCGCCCCCUGUAUCCGUGGAUAAGUCUAGCGGCACCGAUCAGCAUUUAGCGGCCCCAAGUUUGGAGGGCCCCCGCUAUAUCUGUAUGGGUGUAGCUUCCAACACCCCAACGAAGAUUUGUUGCAUCGUCUUCGAUCUCGGCCGCCAUAGCCACGCUCACCAGGCUCCUCCUGCAUUGGAUCGCCGAAGCCGUGAUGCGCCCCCGUUGGUUGAAAUUGGUUUUGGUAUUGAGGAUCGCGAUUUCUGUCAAAGUAUUGUGAAGCGCCGGGUUUUUGCGAGGAUUUUUUCGGUUUCGUUUCGGUUUGGAGGGACUGGGAAUGAUUGUGGAGGUUAUAUACGAAACAGGCGGAACGAUAAAUGGUGCAGAAGGAGAACGAGCGAAAGAUGCUCUUCUAGAGAAAAUUUAUGUCAGGAUCGUGGUAUUCGAGUGCCACUCGCUGCGCUCGUUCUCUUCUUAAACUUUGAGCACUUCAACUGUGGCCUUCAGACAUUGGUGGAUGUUGAGCCCUCCUUUCGAGUAACUGAGUACUUGUGUGCUGAGUCAAGAGAGUAUCAGGUGCCUGUGGUUUUUGUGAUGUCCAAGAUGGACAAAGAUGCUCUUCGCGUUGUUUUCUCAGACGCCUCCCGUGUUGGAUGGUCGCUUCGAUCAGACAUGAAGCUGCAUGAGUGGCUGGAGGGUUUUGCCGAGCGCUUGAAGGAGCGUACGAAGGAGGUCGCGGCAGAGGUCCAUCGACUGGGGACAGAAACUGGUAAAGUAGAGCUGCAUCUGCAAAACAAUCUCAACAAAUUGCGAGCUCUGUCAGCCACUCAAUUCAUCGAAAAUCGCGUUGACGAAGUCGAUGAGGUUUUCGUUAAGGAGGUGGAGCAACUACCGAAGCAAUCAUACGUUGCGGGCUACGACUCUCAGAUAAUACCACGUUACAAGGAGGCAGUUUUGACAGCUUGGGAGGCGUUCGAAGGGUUUAAAACCAACAAGUCCGGUCUACAAACCUCGGAUGUGAAAUCGAGAGGAAGAAGUCAGGUGCUUGGAAUCUUUCUCGCCACCACCUUUUCGGAGAUUGUUCAAAUUGGUGCAUCAAUGAAGCUACCCCAUAUCAUUGGAACAGAUGAAUUCAUGAGGGACAGCCACUGUGGUCUGGCAGCAAACUUCAAAACUCCGGAGGUGUAUACAAGAGCCGCAAGGUCGGAUGCUGAAAGUGGUAGUGACACCGAUAGGGAUGAAGCUAAUUUGGCUGAAGAAAUGGUGGGUGGACGCCCCUGGUUGGAAGGAGAGUGGUCUAUGUCUGAAAGCGAAACAUCAGGCCAUCAGGGAGGUGUUCUAGAGCCCGCAGUCUCAGCUGCUCUGGAUUUUAAAGCCAUGUUGGAGGCUGCUCUGCGUGGACCAUCUUUCCCAUAUGAUGGAGGGGUCAUACCAAAUCUGGGGAAUGCACAUGAGCAGCACAACCACAUGGACAUUACAUUAGUUCCACAAGAAAUAGACGACGAUUCUCCGAGAACAAGAUCUGAAACUGGAGAGGUUAAGUUGGAUGUGGGCUUAUCAACGAAGAAUGAACAGAUAUCCGUCGAGGACAACAUGCAACCUCUGGGUCAACUGCUAACUUCACCGGCUCCAGUGGUAGUGAAUAAAACAGUGUUGCUACGACCUCCACUUCAAGUGCCACCUGCAUUCAAUAGGAAUGACAAUGCGCAGGUCAUCGGUUCUAUGGGUCCACGAAGCUCUUCGUCUUCAACACCGGAUUCUCAUGUUCCCCAAGACGGAUACUCUGGUAAGCUUGUCCCCUCUAACGGGGCAAUUUCUAGGACUGACGCAACGAGUAUUCCUAAAGGCUCAUCGAGCACUCCAAAGAUCCAGGAUUCCACAGGUUCUAGCGUACCAAUUACCUUGCGUACUGAAGAGAAUAAGCCUCAAGCUGCUCCACCGGCUUCGCGGGUUUGGUCACAAACAUCAACUGACGACCUUCCAACCCCAACCCUUCCAGAUGGUUUGUUCCAAGGGUUACAAGUAGCGAUUCAAGCUCGGCAAUUGAGAUCACAAGCAGCGCAAAGGGAUGAGGCUUUGACGUUGAAAGAGGUCACGCAGAGGCCAGAAGUUUCAGGUGAGGAUAAAGUAUCAAAUUCCUCCAAAUCUUCUAGUGGAGACAGGUUAUCACCAUUGAAGCUUAAACCUACGAACAACAAAGGUUUUGUCAACAAGAGCAAGGGGGAGACGAAUUCAAAAUUACAGGAGUCGAAGGGGCAGAGAUUACAAGGUCCUAUUUCAUUCCAAGGUGGCCUGUUUGAUGACGAUGACGACGACGAUGAUGGCGUGGGUAAAAGCACUAACGACAUGCCUAAGGGAGUCACAGAAAUAUCUAAAAACGAGGCUGCAAAAUCUGCUGAAAACCCAAACUCUCCAUUUAGGGGAUCCAAGUUGAGCCCUAGUAGAAGUAUGGUUAGACAGGAUCUUUUUGAUGACUUCAAUGAUAUAUCCAUAGGAUCUCCAAGUGACUCAGAAUCAGCCGGAAACUCGGCACUCGUAGGAAAUACUACCGAACAACCACUCUCAUCGCUUCCAGCUUGGAGAAAUACAAAGAGAUCGAGUGCACUACAGAAGUCGCUAUUUGGUGAUAGUGACGACGAAAACAGCGAAUAAUUAUACCUUGUUUUGUACAAGCGCUACAUUUUUGGUGCCGAAAUGGUGGUGUGCAUACAUUCAACGCAUUGCAUCCCUAAUGGAUUCUCAAUACACAAGAAUGGCAGCACUGGUAAUUUAUCCACCGUGCGAUUCUCUUUGAUGAGCUUCUGAUUCAUUUCUAGAGCCCAAGGAGGAUUCGUUUCCACUGAGUUGUCAGUAGUGUGCAACUCUAAGCUUCCAUUGUAUCUUUCAAAUGAGCCUAGUUUCCAGGUGCUUGGCAGCCCUGUCCCGGAAUUUCUCUUCAGCAGUCCUUUUAUUUGAAUAAGUGCUUGUUCUGAUAAUCAGAGCCUCUUGGAAAUAGAGAAUGCGAAUGGGUUAGCCUGGGCAAACCAGCUGGACUACAUAGUCAUUGAGGGUCACCGAAUCAAAACCAUUUUGAUGAAAAGUCGUAAGAAUCUGACUGUCUGGAGGUU